AUGUCUCACGACAAGGUUUCCAUUCUGACUUUCUCCGAGGCCAUUCAACAACACUUUUCGGAACAACAACAUAAUGAAAAACCGACCACUGCUGUUGAGCACAACUUGAAUCUACAACAACAAAUUCAUGAAAUAUUUACGAAUGGCAUGUGGGAUUGUGCACCAAAGAAUAUUCUGCCAAAAUCAUCUCCAUUAUUACCUCUGGUUGGUUUUUUGUUCAAUUCCGAUCAGGGAAGUACCAGUGAGAGUAUGAUUGCCUUGUUUUAUGAUUAUUUUGGAUAUAAAUUGACGGCAAUGGUUUGGAUGACAUUGUUUAUGAUUUGGUUGAGUGCUGGAAUGAUUUUUGGAUUACCCUUUUUAGAUGUGACGUUAGGGAGAAUGGGUGUAUUUGUGGGAGGUGUCCUACUGUGUCUGUUCAUGUCAUAUCUUGUUUUGGAGAAGGUGUUGAAACCAAUGUUGAUGAAAGAUUUUUCGAAAUACAUUCAAAAAAGCAAGGAAUCGAACGAGUUGGGUGAUAUUGCCAAUUAUUAUGCAAAAAAUUCCAAGAAACCAUUGAAUCGAUUCUUUUUGGCUUAUAUUGGAGAAGAGCUGGUUGGACAUGUGGCGAUUGAUGAAUGGCAUUAUCCAGGUGAAGGAGAGGAUCAGGUGUUUCGUCAACUUGAUGAAGAGUUUUCUAAACGUAAUGAUGGCAGAAAGCCACUCAUUGUUGAACUUCGAAGAAUGAGUGUCAAGAGUAGUCAUCGAGGAGCUGGCAUUGCUAAAAAAUUGAUAACUCAUCUCUAUGAAUAUGCCAAAAAUCAAUGUCAUGCAGAUUAUCUAGUUCUCAAAACAUCGAGUUUGCAGUAUGGAGCACGAAAAUUAUAUUCCAAUUUUGGUUUUGAGUUGAAGAGAGUGGAUAAUAUUGUACCACCUGUGUCACUGUUCCAUUUUGUUUUAGAUCUUGCAAAGAGUAAAUAA